AUGAUUUGUCUUUCUGAAAGGAAAAUCUCAAUUCAUCAGAACAAAGGAUUGAUUUAAUUACCUGAGAUAUCCAAAUCUUCAGAACUUCUAGUAUGAUUAUAAUUCAUCAAUUUAGAGAUUGAACAAUAUAGCUUUGUAAUCGGGCAAAAAUAAGAAGAAAACAAAACCACAAUCGCCAGAUAAGGACACAUAUUACUUGAAAUUACCCCAAAUAAAUAAUAAGCCUUAGGAUAAAUCGGACAACUUUUUCAAAUUAUCUAAAUCCCAAUUAUAAACAUAAAAAAUGUAAUCUAUUAUUACUUAAAAUAGACUUUAUGGGGAUACUUCGUUAGACAAUAUCAAGAAAUACAAUAAACAAAUACAAGAUAUCUAAAAUAAACACAAUCAUUAUAUUAAUAAAAUUGA